AUGAGAAUUACUUUAUUAUUAUUGUUGAGUCUGUUUACCUUUGGUACUUGUACUUAAAAUCCUUUAUUCCUUAAUGAAACAUACACUACGGGAUUUGUAAAUAUUCAAAAAUCUAGUGAUAUUUUCUACUGGCAUUUUGAGUCUAGAUCUAAUCCAGCAACCGAUCCUAUUGUUUUCUGGCUUAGUGGUGGUCCUGGCUGUUCUUCAGAACUUGCACUUUUCUUAGAAAAUGGUCCUUUUAUCGUAAAUGAUAACUAGACUCUUUCAAGCAAUCCUUAUUCUUGGAAUGAAAAGGCAAAUGUUGUUUUUGUUGACCAACCUGUAGGAACUGGUUUCUCUAAAGCUAGUACUGAAGAGCUAUCUACAAACGAAGACCAAGUAGCUUAAAAUUUUUACAAUUUCCUUUUGGGAUUCUUAAAUUAGAAUCAAUAAUAUAUUGGAAGACCUUUGUUUAUUACAGGGGAAUCUUAUGCUGGUCACUUCAUUCCUGCAAUAGGUUAUGAAUUAAUAAAAAAAAAUAACCCUCAUAUUAAUUUAUAAGGUCUCGCUAUUGGAAACGGAUUGGUUAACCCCAAAGUUUAAUAUCCAGCUUACGGUCAAUAUGCUUAUGAAAAUAAACUUAUUUCUUCAUUAGAAUACUAUGCUUUUAUUAAACCUGUUUUAAAAACGUGCUCAUAUUUGAUAGGUAGAAACGCCUCUUUAACUAAAAUUAGUAACACAUGCAAUCUAGCCUAUUAAACAAUUGUUGGAUUUGGAGAAGUUCCAAAGUUUAAUGUCUACGAUAUUAGAAAAAAAUGCGAAGGUUCUUUAUGCUACAAUAUGACAAAUCUUGAUAAUUUCCUUGCCAGAGAUGAUGUAAAAUCUAUUUUAGGUGUUUCUGGUAGAACCUGGUAGGAGUGUUCUAAUGAAGUACAUAAGGCUCUUUCUAGAGAUUAUUUUGUAAGCUAUGCUGAUAAGGUCGCUGAUAUUCUUGAAAACGGAAUCAAGGUUUUGGUUUAUAGCGGAGACUAAGACUUUAUUUGCAAUUAUCUUGGUGGCUUAGAAUGGGUAAAUGAAAUGGAAUGGACUAAGUAAGAAGAAUUCAAAAAUGCUAAAUUUGAAGAAUACAUCAUUAACGGAAAGAGUGCUGGUCAAAUUAAAAGUGCUGGUAUUUUGCAAUUCUUCAGAGUUUAUCAAGCUGGUCACUAAGUUCCCAUGGACUAACCUGAAGUUGCUCUUGAAAUGAUUAAUAAAUUUAUUUCUAAUUGA